AACCCUAAACCCUAACCCUAGACCCUAGACCCUAACAAACCCUAACCGUAAACUCUAAACCCUAAACCCUAAACCCUAAACCCUAACAAACCCUAAAUCCUAAACCCUAAACCCUAAAAAAAAAAUAACCUACACUUUCUAAAAAAAAUACCCUAACCCUAAACCCUAAAAAAAAAUCCUACACUUUCUAGGAAAAAAAUCCUAACCCUAAACCUUAAACCCUAACUCCUAAACCCUAAACCUUAAAAACAUUUUGACAUACACUUUCUAAAAAAAUACCCUAACCCUAAACCGAAAAAAAAAAAAAAUUCCUACACUUUCUAGGAAAAAAACCCUAACCCUAAACCUUAAACCCUAACACUAAACCCUUAAAAAUAAAAAAACAAAAUCCUACACUUUUAAAGAAACAAAUAAAACCUAACCCUAAACCCUAACAAACCCUAACCCUAAACCCUUUAAAAGAAUAAAAAAAAUAAAAACACUUACACUUUCUAAAAAAAAACUAAAACCCUACAUAAAAUAAUCCUACACUUUCAAAACAAACCAUAACCCUAACCCUAAACCCUUAAAAAUAAAAAAUGAAAUAUAUUUGUACACGUUUAUACUGUAAGCCGUAUGAUUUGUCUUGUCCUCUUAACCCUAUACAGAUAAACAUGGACAAGUCUUGGAUGUCAACACCUAGGGGUACGACACGGUAUAACGAUGGGUGUAGGGCGUUUGUGGCAUUUGCCGUUAGUAAUUGUACGGCCGGCGAUGGAAAAAUUUACUGCCCAUGCAAGUAUUGUCGAAAUAACCAGCGUCACACUCCUGAGUACGUUCUUGCCCACCUGACUGGAGGUCGGGGGAUGAAUCCGGGAUACAAUUUGUGGUAUAUGCACGGUGAGACUACGACUGGUUCCGCUAUUCCUGGUCAGUGUUCGAGUCAUCACAGUGGCACAGAGGCCGCUGACCGUAGCACUGAACAUGGUGAUCAUGUCACAGAACAGGAGGGUGUCGCCGUGGAACAGGAUGAUAACAUGCACGCCAUGUUGCGUGACGCCUUCGGCGUGCACGAUGUUCCUGAAGGGGUCAGUACUCUUCCGCAACAAGUUGAUGAAGAUACCUCGUGCGGGGACGCAUUGAAGUACCAAGAGCUGUUAAAGACUGCCGAGAAGCCCCUUCACCCUGGUACGAAGCACAGUAAAUUGAGUGCUACUGUACACAUGUACAACUUGAAGUGCGUUGGAGGUAUUAGUAACAAGAUAUUUUCAGACAUUCUCGAAUUCAUCAAUCAGUUGUUGCCUCCUUGCGAUGAGGCAUUGCCAGAUAACACGUAUGAGGCGAAAAAGUUCCUAAGUGGCAUGGGUCUGGGGUAUGAGAAGAUUCCGGCGUGCCGUAAUGACUGUAUGUUAUUCUGGAAAGACAAUAAAGAAUUAGAUUCAUGUACCGUAUGUGGAGAGUCUAAGUGGAGGGCUGAUACACAUGUAGAUGAUGAUGGUGAGAUCAUAUCAGCGAGGAAAAAACGCCCGGUGAAGAUCUUGAGGUGGUUUCCACUCAUCCCACGGUUGCAGAGGUUAUUCAUGUCUGAGCAUACUGCGCCCCAUAUGAGAUGGCAUGCAGAAGGCCGCACUAGGGAUGGCGUAUUGAGGCACCCGGCCGACGGUGAGGCAUGGAGAUCGUUUGACAUUUUACACCCAGAUUUUAUGGCAGAGAGUAGGAACGUCCGGCUUGGUUUGACAGCAGAUGGAUUUAAUCCAUUUGGGAACAUGAGCACAUCCCACAGCACAUGGCCCGUAAUGCUUGUGCCGUACAAUUUGCCACCUUGGAUGUGCAUGAAACAGUCGUCCUUCAUCCUUUCCAUGGUUAUCCCUGGACCGAGCUCACCAGGUAUGGAUAUUGAUGUUUACCUUCAGCCAUUGAUUGAUGAGUUGCUGCAACUGUGGAAUGUAGGGGUACGAACAUUCGAUGCUUCAAAGAAGGAAAAUUUUAUUAUGCGAUCUCAGUUGAUGUGGACGAUAAACGACUUUCCAGCGUAUGCAGAUUUAUCUGGUUGGCCUAACAGGGGUGCGAAGGCAUGUCCUUGCUGUAUGCAAUCGACGCGUUCUAUACGCUUAAAGAACGGAUGCAAAUUUUGCUAUAUGGGGCACAGGAGAUAUCUGCCGCCUGAACAUCUGUGGCGGCUUAACAGGAGGACAUUUGACGGUACUGAAGAAUUUGACAGCGCCCCGAUUGUGCCAUGCGGAUACGAGGUUCUCCAACAGUUGGACGGAGUUGCGUUUGGGGAUGAGACCGCGGGUAAGAAGAAGAAACGGAAGAAGCGGAAGAAGGGUGCAGGGAGUUCCGAUGUUAUAUGGAAGAAGAAAAGUAUAUUUUUCAGAUUGCCGUAUUGGGAAGACAAUUUGCUUCGGCACAAUCUUGAUGUUAUGCACAUAGAGAAAAAUGUCAUGGACAAUAUACUUGGCACUAUUUUGGAUAUAAAAGGGAAAACGAAGGACAACUUGGCAGCUCGGCUGGACUUGCAGGAAAUGGGGUUGAGACCUAAGUUGCAUCCGUUCACGGCCGCCAAUGGUAAAACGUAUAUUCCCGCUGCCUGUCACACCAUGACUAGAGAGGACAAAGAAAGUUUUCUGAAGGUUCUUCGAAAUGUGAGGGUCCCGGACGGAUACGCCUCGAACAUUUCACGAUGUGUUCGGCUGAAGGACCGUACAAUUUCCGGGUUGAAGAGCCACGAUAGCCACAUACUGAUGCAACAGCUUCUUCCAAUUGCACUGCGUAAGUCAUUGCCUGAUAAAGUUGUUAGACCUCUUGUGGAGAUUUCGGCAUUUUUUAGAGGCAUAUGCUCAACAAAGCUAUCACAAGAAGAUAUGGACCGACUGCAGGGUGACGUCUGUAUCACUUUGUGCAAACUAGAACAGAUAUUCCCUCCAGGGUUUUUUACGAGCAUGGUCCACUUGGUCGUGCAUCUUGUGCGCGAGUGUAGACUCGGCGGACCCGUGCAGUAUAGAUGGAUGUACCCGGCGGAGAGGAGUCUGGGGCAUUUCAAGUCUACUGUGCGCAAUAAAGCGGCUCCUGAGGGGUGCAUUGCGGAGGGGUACAUAGCGACCGAGCUGGUAACGUUCUGUUCAAGGUAUCUGAAUAACGCACCAACAUUCCACAACAGACCUCAGAGGAAUCCUGAUGGAUCCAAGGGGGCGGGCACGCGUGUUACCCUGAACCGGUUGAUAAUGCACCAGAUUCAUCGUUAUAUUGUGUUCAACUCUGAAGAGUUUCACAAUUUGCGGACGAUGCACAAAGACGCGCUUAGGCGAUCAUGCACUAGAGGUCGCAUUACGGAGGCUCUUAUUGAAGCAGAACAUCAUGAGCAGUUCUGCGAAUGGUACCCUGCAUAUGUCGAUGGCCUUGACGAUCAACGUAGGGAGGAAUUGGGCCACAACUUGGUUAUGCGUUGUAGAGGGCUGAAGGAGACAGCGGUCAAGUACAACAGGUACGUGGUAAAUGGGAAAUUGUUUCGCACGCUUGCCCAUGAUGUGGGAAGGAGGACUCAGAACAGCGGCGUAUGUGUUCCUACCGUUGAAGGCGAAACGUACUACGGGCAGUUAACCGAUAUAGUUGAGGUCGAGUACUAUGACAGGACUACGUACGUCCUAUUUAAGUGCAAUUGGGCAGACCCCACGAUGGAAAGAGGAUUCACAAUAGACGAGUAUGGCCUAGUGUUUGUCAACUUCAAUCACCUCGUCCACAGGGGAGAACUGAUUCAGGACGAGCCGUACGUGCUUACAUCUCAGGUGGAUCAAGUAUUCUACGUCGAAGAUGGAAGGAACCCAAAUUGGGUUUGUGCGGUUAGGACCAAACCGCGCAACGUGUACGACGUUGGCCAGGGGGAUGGGAGUAAUGAGGAUGGUACAACCUACCAUGAGUGCGUACCGCUCGUACUAGCCACUGAUGACCUACCUGAUACGAAUGAUGAAUUCGAGUACGACAGGCCCGACAUUGAUCCGAUUGAAGCUCCUGUGAUACAAUGAUUGAUGUAUUUCUUGUAUUGAUGGACCAGGGACGCCAUCCUUAUGCAUAUCGGGCACCUCGCCCACCCGUGCCCCCCAUGACCACGCCCACUGAUUCGACGCCAGUAUAUACUGCGGCGUGGCCACCCCACCCAGACGGGGCUUAUAGACCAUUGUUGCCGGGUAUGGUGGCCGUGCCCACGUCAGAUCACGGGCAGACCAGCACAGCUGGAGUUGGCAGCUCUCCAUUGUCGGAGCUGCCGACAUUAUCUCAGUUAGGGUUCACCCAACCGGGUAACGCCUAUCGAUGGUGGGUGCAAGAGGGGGUGGGGUCACAGGGUUAUGCGCCGUACUUUCCGUAUACGUAUAGUCGACCUAUGACGUGUAACCCUGAUAGUGAGACGCAGGAUUGUAGAUUUCCACUGUCACAGACCGGGGAGAUGCAGAUGCCGGCUGUGGGGUUGGGACAGAUACCGGCACAGGCGGUGAUGCAGGGCCAGAUUUU